AUGGCACUCCAUGUCCCAGCAGCACUGAAUACUCAUCAGACCUCUUUGAAUGACCAUAAUGAUUAUCUGGAGGAAACUUCCAUUCCACUUGUCACAGACUCAGAUCAUCCGGCUACAACCAUAGUGGACAAAUCCGGUGUUCACUCCCUAUCCAUAUGGUAUUGCCACUGCCCCAGAGCUCUAAACCCAGAUAUGCAGCUCUUUCAAGCAGGCUUGUUUCUAGCAUCCUUCACCAGACCAAAAACUGCAUUCACAUUCUCCGUCUUGGACGACUUUCUGCUAGACAACCUUGAAUGUGGUACAUCAGCCAUGAAUUACUACAGUAAGAUCCAGAGGCUAACCUCCAGCAUCUUUCCAUUGAUGGUUCUGGAUUGCUACAGAGAGCUCAUGAGGACUGCCAGACAAUGGCAUCAAUGUAAGCUCUACAAGUGGCAUGGGUUUGCCCAUAAAAACGAUGAGCCUAAGACCAGUGACCUCGCCCUAUUUUGUCUGGCAUGUCCUCAACCGGGGAUAAAUUUGGACUGGUCAACCGGUAUGGCCACUCAGCCUGAUGACACCCCUUCCUGGCUCUUCACCAGGACUUUGGUCAUGGAUGGUAAUUUUAAAGCUGAGCACCUCCAUCCGGUGAAUCCAUCUGAUGAAGUAUCAUUGAUGGAUGGUCUUGCAUUCAUGGUCGGAGAUGAAAGAUACAAGAGUCAUUUGGCUGUUGCCCAAGACCAUGUCCAAAAAUCAGAUUAUGACAAUCACCACGCAGUCAAUCAAGCAAAUGCCUCCCAACAAAAGCUAGAGGCCACUGGUAUAGGAAGAUGUGCAUGUGCACAGCAUGGAUGUUUUGUCCCACAUUCCAUGGUGGAUUUUCAGAAGGGUGAAAGGAUAGACGGAGAGAUCAUGGAAACACUCUGGGCAUCUUUAAACAUAAUCUCCCCGUCAGCCAGGGGCAUGGGAACUCCUCAUCGCAAGGAGGUAUUGGAUUAUCAGAUGAAUGAUUCAAACUUCAUGAAAAUGAUUCGCAUAACCAAAUUUCUUUGCAGAAAGUUUAAAGAGGCUGUCAAGGGUGCUGCAGAGAGCACACUCUCAUUCCAAAAUUUUAACAAGACAGUUCAGCCUGUCAUGGUCAUUCUUUGGGAAGCAGAGGAGGCUCUUGCUCAGGCAAACAGACUGGAGGAUCCAACAGCCAUGGACAUUUAUGAGGUCUGCUUUCUUGAAAUGGCACCUACCUAUCUUGGAUUUGUGGUUGAUGGCAAUGAACCAGAUUCUCUGGUAGACAGGGUUCAUAAUUCACCGGAUGAAGAUUAUUCUGAUCUCGAUGAUCACAAUCCGGAUCCGGAUCCGGAAACACAUCAUGCCUCCAUCUUUCAACCUGAGCUCACUAUCUUACCUUUGCCUUCCAACCUCAGUAUAGUGAGAUGCAAUGAAUUGGGUCUCACUGAUCUCAUGAAAGAAGAAACUGCCCUUCAUGAAGGUCAGGCCAAUGAUGCCCUUCAUGCAAUUAGAGUUCAUCUGGGAGAUAAAGCUGUUAUAUUCCGGAAUACUAUCCGGUCAGCCAAGUCACAAGCCUCCUCCACCAGGGCAUGGACUCAGCUAGCAAAACUCCCUGAUCACGACCUGCUGAAGAAAUAUCUUCCGCUAAAGAAAGAACACCUGAAGGCAAAUGCCGCAGUUGCAGAUCCAAAUGCACGUGGUCAGAGGGACACUACUCUUGCAUGGUUCUGGUCAAUAAAUGCUCAGGGUGAUACAUCCGGAAAUGACUGGAUAACAGAAUUCUAUAGAGUCAAUUGGCUCCGGACAAAGGCCCUGUGUGAUCGUUGGAAUGAAGAGGUCAUUCUUGUCAAACAUGAAAUGCAGUGGUCUGUCAAUUUCUUUACCUACAAGGCCAAGCAAUGGUUAAGUCUCAUGGACAAUGCCACUUUCACUGGGCUGACCGGAAAUACAUGUUAUGCUGCCCGACAAUGUCACAUAUAUCAACAACUAGCUGCACAUGCAGCGGAGUUGUUUCAGAAAGUGAUUCUGGUCAUUCAGUUGGAAGUACCGGUUGUUACAUAA